AUGGGCCAAGCACUGUCGGACGAGAAUCCGCGGCAGCUGUCGCACGAGGAGCUCACCCGUGAACUGGCCAGCCGCUUCGCCGAGAAGUGCUUCACCAACCUCGAGCUCUACUCCUUCAAGGAUGUCUUCAAGAGCCUAGCAGAUACCCAGAGCGACAUCCACUACCUAAAAGAAGACACUAUCGCCCGCUUCCUCGAGAUACCCGACAUCCUCCAUGUCUCGCCCGUCAUAUUCCAGAUGGUGUCCUACAUGGGCGCUUUUCCCUUCCUCCAGGACGCCCCCGCCGUCCUCGGCCUCGAACAAAUGAUCAUGGUGGUCGUCAUCAUGACGGCGAGGUACAAAAAGGUCUUGGCAAAGGGCGCCCAAGACCGGGCGAAGCUUCUGUUCAAGAGUCUUGCCGUGUACGACCGGAAAGCCUCGAUUGCUGUAGUCGACGAAUCAAAAGAGAAGGUCAAGGACGCUGAAGUUGAGGUCAAGGACGAACCGGCCAGGAGUCACGUAGCUGGCUUCGCCGUCGACGAGCCUGUGGAAGAAGAAGAGGACGAAGAUGACGACCUCGAGAUAGCUGCUUUCGAGCUGCUCGAUAUCAACGAUGCGGUCCGACAAGGCGAUGCCCCAACGGUCCAAGGAGCCAUGAUACCAGCCGAUAACUUCCGCAAGCUCCUCAUGCUGCUCAUUCUCAUAGCUCCUCUGAGUCCUCAGGAGAGGCUGUCAAUGUUUGCGACCCGCGUUGUUGGCGAUGAGCUCGAAAGCCUCCGCUCGACCGCAGAGAACAUUCUUGCCGCAUUUUUGAACGUCGAAAAAGCACCUGGAAUCAAGUUUAGCCAGUUCAACCGCGUGAUACCCGUUUGCUUUCCGUAUCUCUUCAACGGCUUCAACCCCUUAUUCGAGCACUUUCUCUUCUCCAAGAACCUCGACUUUUCAAAACACAAGGGCGACGACCCGGCAGCAGAGAAACAGCCCGAAGAGUUCGUACAGCCUUUGCUCCAGGACAGCUCAGACAUCAUGAACCUGAACGUCCUUUCGCAACUCUCCUUUUUCAUCCCGGGUUCGGACCUCUUCCGUCGAUUGAGGCUCCUGUACUCCGGCAAUGACGCGGGCUUCUCCAUGGGCAGCUUCGAAACCAAGGUGUUCAAUUGGAGAGCACCCACAAUCCUACUCGUCCGUGGCAGCCGCAUCAACGAUGAACCUCAGGGUGGCCAGGAAGCAACGUUUGCGGCGUCAAUCCCCCCGCGCCGCUUCCCUCAUGGCAGCAAAGGAGAGCGUCUCACCUUCGGUGUGUACCUCAGCACACCUUGGAAGCAUACUUCAAAGGAAUGCUUCGGCGAGAGGGAUACGGUGCUAUUUCAAUUGGAACCUAUCCAUGACGUCUUCCCAGCGUCGAAAUACAACUCAGACUACGUCUCUUUCACGAAGCAGCCAGCCAACCGGCCCAUGCUGGGAGUCGGAUGUCCCCACCCAAGAUCGACACAGGCACACCGACGAAACACAAUGAUGUCCCUCGGCUCGGUAUCCCUUUUGUUAGACGAUUCUUUUGAGUACGGCGUGUUUACACAUGACUGGACGGCAGGCGGCGGCGCGUUCCAGACUAGCGUGACCCGCAAAUUUGACUUCCAGGACAGAUUUGAGAUCGAGAGCCUCGAGGUCUGGGGAUGCGGCGGGGACGAGGAGGCCAAGGCCCAGGCAGAGCGAUGGGCGUGGGAGGCUCGGGAAGCGGAGGCGCGGAGGAAGAUCAACCUCGGAUCGGGUGACAUCGCCGCUGAUCGCGCGUUGUUGGAGAUGGCUGGGCUUGUUGGGCAAAACCGCAGCGGCGGCUCUGCAUAG